AGAAAAGGAGCGCGCGUAAUGUUUAACGUUGUGCACCAAGGUCGGAAAUGCGUGCCCCGCGCCUCGCUCUCCGUUGACGCCCCGUUAGGUGUGCAAGCGGUAAAUAUAACCAGCCGGGCGACUGUCAGAGAGGCACCAGAGGGAACGUGGCCACCACCGGACACCAGAAUGCGCGUGUCCAAGGACGGUAAAGUGGGCGCCGCGAGGGUCGUAAGGAAACACCCGCCUCCUCAAUCCAAAAGUCUGGACAUCUUAGAGCCGAACUGGCAUCUUAGGGACCACUCAGAGGGAACAGCUCUAGACUGUGUAUUUAGCCCCAUGGAGCGCAAACACGGGGCAGAGGCACAGAGAGAGGUCCCAAACGGCCACGACGGGGGUCCGGCGGGAGGACCACUGAGAAACCGGAAAAAGGGUUUCAGACCCCCAGACGUGAGGACCAUCUUCACCGAGGAGAGAGACCCCCGAGUCAAAGAGGAGUCCGGAGAGGGGCAUGUGUUCGGGCCCAGUGGCGAGUGCGCCUGGUGUGAUGUUUGCUGCAACUACAUAGUCCAACAAGGACUCACCUGUGCAGGUUGUAAAUAUGCCUGUCACACUGCUUGUCGAGAUCGAGUUUCUUUGGACUGUAAUCCUGUGGCAUCAUCAAUUAGCCCGGACCAUGUCAACAACAACCCACCAUUGCAUGAUGUGGAGAAGGACCGAGAGCUGCGGACAGAGUUUAGUAGAGACGAAAUUCGACAGAGGAUUGAACAGUACAACUCUGAGACCAAAGACCAUCUGAAAAUGACACUUGGCCGCACUGAUGUGUACACAGGUUUUAUUAAAGUCCAGAUGGAUCUGCGGAGGCCCGUGACAGUUCGGGGGGGUCAGAGGGGGCCAGAGGGAGAAGCGUUCUAUCUGCCCCGAGGAGCUAUCAACACACUACAUGUCAGCUCCAUUAACACUGUCAAAGAGGUCAUUGUGGCUCUACUAAACAAGUUCACGGUGGCAGACAACCCAGCCAAAUACGCACUAUACAAGCGCUACCGCAGAGAGGAGCAAGUGUACGUGUGUAAACUAGGGGACAUGGAGAAACCCCUGUUUCUGCGUUUGGUGGCAGGACCUAACCUGGACACCCUCAGCUUUGUGCUUAGAGAACAGCAAACAGGAGAAGUCAUGUGGGAUGCAUUUUCUAUUCCUGAACUGCGUAACUUCCUACGGAUUCUGGAUAAGGAGGAGGAGGAACAGAAGGAGGCUGUCAUACGCCGCUACAAUAUUUACAGACAGAGACUGCAGGAGGCGCUGCAGCAUGUCCGAACGCUUUCAUAGAGGACUGAACAAGAGGACAUUAGGAAGGAAGCUUCCUGUUACACACAAGCAAAUGGGACUUGUCAUAUUGACAAGAUGUUUUUUAUUUUCUUUUUCAAGAAAUGAAUCAAAGUGAAGGACAAGUGAAGAGUUGAACUCCACUGUCUCAAAGCUACAGCAUCAAAUACGUCACAGCGCAACCAGACCAAAGAUCCAGGAUUGAUGUGCCAUAUGCCUUGAGGCGUAGCCCUGUUAGUCCAGUCAUUCUGGUAUACUGGCACUCAUAUUUGUGUUCCUCUUCAUUUCUCUGAAGCAUGUGAAAUACUCAAGGCCAUUUGUUGAGUCUAUUUUAUUUAAAAUUGGUCUGUACAUAUUUUUUGUCUUUUUUCUUAAUUUAUAUGGGUGACAGUUUUAUGUUUUUUUCAUGAAAAGUCUUAUUUACUUUACCAACAAUGUGGUAGGUGACACAGAAUGAAUAGUUUAUCCAAUUUUACUACAAAUACAAUGUUUGAUUUCAACAGGUUAAUGAGUGUCAGGCAGCAUUUACUUUUGCUUUUAGUAAGUGCCUUAAUGUUUGCCAAGAGAGUACUUAUAGGUUGUACACCCCAUAUCAAGAUAUAUAUGACAGUUAUAUAUUUAAAUAGUAGUGAAGUUAAAGUGACUGUGUAUCUGAAAGUCUGGAGAUAACAGUAGAAAUGUUUAAGCAAGUUUUGUUGAAGGUGUUCAAAUGUGGAUGAGAAAUGAUAAUGUAAAUUUGCUGUAAAUUUGUGUUGUAGUGCAGUUUAAAGCACAAUGGGCAAAGGUUUGAAUUCCUGACCCUUGACCCGCCGUGGUGAGAGUAGGAAGUUUUAGAUUCUGGUGGUUUCUGGAAGUCGACAAAGCUCUUUAGAGUUCAUAGAAUGGAUUGAGGAAGUUUGAAAGAAGAUGUUUUGAAAUGUCGUGAGAACUGAAAACAGGAGGCAGCAGUACUGUGAGCUUUGAGGACAAUGUACAGAUUCUCCUUAAGCUACAAGUUAAAUGUGUCUUUUACUAUCACUGUACUAACUAGGGGUGAAUUGUGUUCCUCUAAUAAUUGUGUAGGCAAAAUAAAGUCUUUGAGGGCUUGUUUGUGAGCAUUGGCCAGCUGUCUUCUGUUCAAACCAACUUUCUUUAGUUCUUUGUUGAUCAAAGUGAAUAUAUUAUACGGGACAUAAAAUAUUUGUGGCAAAGGUUGAUGAGAAGGUAGAAAAAGUGAAAGCAGUGGAUAUGUUAAAUUUAGGUUUGCUUGUUGGUGUACUAUUUGCAGAAAUAUAUACGCUGUAUAGAUUUUUUGGUGUGUUGGCAAUCAACUUUUUGUAACAAUCAUCAAAAAUGACAGCAAACUGUUUCAAAUCAAUCAAGUGAAACUGACUGUUCUGUGCAGUUCGUUUCAUUGAAGACUGUUGGGUAACAUUACCAUCUAGUGGAGAAGCCAGGUACUAUUCUUAUUUCUGUGUCAAAGCCACAUUGGAUUAUAUAGAGUUAUUUUAAUUGUUAAUGCUGUACUCAAUAACCAAAGAUAUUUUGUGAUGUUGCCUGGAGCAAAAAUAUUAGAGUCCCAAUAUAGGGAUGUAUAGAGUUUAUUUAAAUGGGUUACUUUUAACCCUCAGUUAUUUUAUGCUUAACACUGGGUUCUUAUCUUGCGCAAUAUGGGAGUUGCAUGGAGACAUUUAUAUAGUAUCUUGAAGCCAUGUUGUUAAAGUUAUAUUUAAAAGCAAUUUAAGAUAAUAAAUGAAUCAUAUAAGAAAGUUUUAUCCAAAGAAUGUUUGGGGCACUUUAACUUUAAAUUCAGGGAAGACAGAUGAUUUCUUUUUGAUUUUCACAUUUUUUUGUUGCUGUCUUCAUUAUUAGUUUUACAGGGCAACAUGCUAUGGCGUCUUUAACAAGUUUUAUUGAGCUCCACUCAGUUUUUGUAAGAGUGAGCUGUAUUUCUCACAUGUUGAAGAUUUUACUCAUUAUUUCCAUGUUUAUUUUGUUUAUUAUUUAGAUUCAUUUUGUAGACUGUGAAAUCUUC